AGCACAUUCUCCUUGUCAUCUUUGAGACAGGGAAACCCUACCCUUAUUUUUAUUGUACUGAGAUAUUUUUCUUUGUUGAGCUCGGCCCAGUUUUUUGAAGGUUCCCUCUCCUUCUACUGUUAAUGUUUGUUUGGUUUUGAAAGCUUAAAAACCUGUAAGUGGUAAUCCUUACAGGCUUACCACUGGCAUUGUCGUCGUGGUAGAGGUAGACUGAAUAAUACUGCAUAUUUUCCGCGCUCCAAUUACAAUUAGAAAAUGUCAUUACCAUCUAAUACUCAACUCUAUCUCACAGCAUUAAGUUGAAGGAGGCGAUGCAUAUUCUGCUUACUAUACACAAACCCCCUGAAAACUACUCUGCAUAUCUUCAAUUAUUACAGACCUUUAUUUUCAAGAACGCUUUUUUACAAGGGAAAAAUGUCCACUCUUUCAUCGCUCACAGGCGAUUUACAUUUUCUACACGCACAACUAUUCAUAAUAAGCUUAUUUCCUUGUAUGUCAAGUGCGGAAGUUUGGUGGAUGCCCGCAGAUUGUUUGACCACAUGAAAGAACGAGACAGGGUCUCAUGGAAUACUAUUAUUGCAGCAUAUGGAAGACAUGGGUGUUCUGGCGAGGCAGUCACACUGUUUCAUCAUAUGCAACAAACAGGUCUCCAACCCGACCACUAUACAUUUGCCAGCGUACUCCCAGCCUGUGCCAAAAUGGGAGCUUUGGAACAGGCUAUGGACAUUCAUAAAAGUAUAAAUGAUGGACUAAUUUUGUCAGAUAUUGUAGUUGCUACUGCCCUGGUAGACAUGUAUGCAAAAUGUGAAAGCAUAGACAAGGCGCGUGAAUUGUUCGAUAGAAUCCCUCAAAGAAAUGCUUUCUUAUGGACUGCAAUGAUUGGAGGGUAUGCACAUAAUGGAUUUGCUGAAAAGGCUUUAGAAACUUUUAAGCAAAUGCAAUUGGACGGUAUAAAGCCGGACACUACAACCUUUGCCAGUAUCCUCCCUGCCUGUGCUAAAAUGGGAGAUUUGGUUUGGGGUAUCGACAUCCAUCAAAGCAUAAUGGAAGGGGGGUUUUUGUCAGAUAUUAUAGUUGGAAAUGCUCUGGUAGACAUGUAUGCAAAGUGUGGAGGCAUAGACAAGGCACGCGAACUGUUUGACAGAAUGCCUCAAAGGGAUAUCGUCUCAUGGAAUGCGUUGAUUGCAGGAUAUGCACAGAACGGAUUUGUCGAAAGUGCUUUAGAAAUUUUCAAGCAAAUGCAAUUGGCAGCUGUAAAGCCAAACUCUACAACCUUUGCUAGCAUCCUCCCCAUGUGUGCCAAAAUGGGAGCCUUGAAACAGGGUAUGGAUAUCCAUCGAAGCGUAAUGGAAGGAGGAUUUUUGUCAGAUAUUAUAGUUGGAAAUACUUUGGUAGACAUGUAUGCAAAAUGUGGAAACAUAGACAAGGCACGCAAAUUGUUUGACAGAAUGCAGCAAAGAGAUAUCAUUUCGUGGAAUGCCAUGAUUGCAGGAUAUGCACAUAAUGAAUUUGUUGAGAAAGCUCUAGAAACUUUCAAGCAAAUGCAAUUGACCGGUGUAAAGCCAAAUUCCUCAACCCUUGCCAGCAUCCUCCCUGCCUGUGCCAAAAUGGGAGCUUUGGACCAGGGUAUAGAUAUCCAUCAGAGCAUAAAGGAUAGAGAAAUUUUGGUAGAUGUUGUAGUUGCAACUGCCUUCGUAGACAUGUAUGCAAAAUGUGGAAGAAUAGACAAGGCUUGUGAACUAUUCGACAAAAUGCCUCAUAGAAAUGUGGUCUCGUGGAAUGCCAUGAUUGCAGGAUAUGCACAAAAUGGAUUUGUUGAAAAGGCUUUAGAAACUUUCAAGCAAAUGCAAUUGGCAGGUCUAAAGCCAGACUCCACAACAUUUGCCAGCAUCCUCCCUGCCUGUGCCAAAAUGGGAGCUUUGGAACAAGGUAUGAACAUCCAUCAAAGCAUUAUGGAAGGGGGAUUUUUGUCAGAUAUUAUAGUUGGAAAUGCUUUGGUAGACAUGUAUGGAAAAUGUGGAAACAUGGACAAGGCACGUGAACUGUUUGACAAAAUGUCACAAAAAAAUGUGGUCUCAUGGAAUGCCAUGAUUGCAGGAUAUGCACACAAUGGAUUUUGCAAGGAUGCUCUCAAAAUCUUUGAAUUAAUGAAGCACUCUGGAGCAUAUCCUGAUGCUGUAAGUUUUUCUUGUGUUCUAUGUGCAUGCAGACAUACAGGUUUAGUAGAUGAGGGAUGUACAUACUUCAAUGACAUGCAUAAUCCUUAUUGCAUUACACCUACAAUUGAUCAUUAUGUGUGCAUGGUUGACCUUCUUGCCCGUGCUGGUUAUCUUGAGGACACCCUAAACUUUAUCAUUAAGAUGCCAAUUAAACCAGUGGUGGUUUUGUGGAUGUGUUUCCUUGGUGCCUGUAAAUCACAUAUGAAUACAGGUUUAGGAGUAUUUACAGCGCUGCUGAUGUUAGAUUUGGAUACUAAUAAUGCUACAACUUAUGUUCUUCUCUCGAACAUCUACGCAAAAGUAGGCAGGUGGGGUGAGGUUGAAAUGGUAAGGAGAUUGAUGAAAUAUAGAGGAGUUACAAAGAUACCUGGAUGCAGUUGGAUUGAAGGCCAUAAAAUGGUACAUGCUUUUUGUGUAGGAGACAGAUCACAUCCACAGACACAGGAGAUCUAUGCAGAGUUGGAGAAAUUGGCUUUGGAGAUGAAGGCAGCUGGGUAUUUUCCAGAUUCAAGACAUUUAUCCAAUGACGUGGAAGAGGAGGAAAAGGAAUUUUUCCUCUCACACCAUAGUGAAAAGUUAGCAAUUGCAUUUGGUUUGUUAAACACACCACCCGGAACAACUAUUAGAGUUGUUAAGAACCUUCGAGUAUGUUCUGAUUGCCACACUGCAACAAAAUUCAUCUCCAAGAUUGUUGCUAGAGAAAUUGUUGUGAGAGAUGCGAACCGUUUCCAUCAUUUUAAACACGGAAAAUGUUCUUGUGGAGAUUAUUGGUGAUGUUAAUAUGGAGCACCACAAGAUUAUUGGUGAUGUUAAUAUGGAGCAAUUUGAAAAAUAGGCUUGCACCAUGUGCUGUCUCAGACCUGCAGUAAUGUUGUGAGAGAUGCGAACCGUUUCCAUCAUUUUAAACAUGGAAAAUGUUCUUGUGGAGAUUAUUGGUGAUGUUAAUAUGGAGCAAUUUGAAAAAUAGGCUUGCACCAUGUGCUGUCUCAGACCUGCAGUAAUGUUGUGAGAGAUGCGAACCGUUUCCAUCAUUUUAAACAUGGAAAACGUUCUUGUGGAGAUUAUUGGUGAUGUUAAUAUGGAGCAAUUUGAAAAAUAGGCUUGCACCAUGUGCUGUCUCAGACCUGCAGUAAUGUUGUGAGAGAUGCGAACCGUUUCCAUCAUUUUAAACAUGGAAAUUGUUCUUCUGGAGAUUAUUGGUGAUGUUAAUAUGGAGCAAUUUGAAAAAUAGGCUUGCACCAUGUGCUGUCUCAGACCUGCAGUAAUAAUGAAGGGACGAGGUUUUAUUUUAGUCUCUAGAAAGUUUCCUGUCUUGUUUUGAGUAUUUGGCAUUCUAGACCAUACUGUUGGUUCAUAAAUUGAGAUGCAUAGAGUGCAAUGCAGGUCACUGGGUAUAUAUAGAUCAGUGCAUAGAGUGCAAUCGGAUCAAAGGCCUACUUUAUGAUAAUCUGGAUGUUUUAUUGAAUUGUUUUCACAAAAUCUAUACAUUUAUGAAAUGAAAAGUUGGAGGAGAGAGGGGGAAAAGGACUAAGGUGAGGAACACUCAAAAGUAAAUGGAAAGAUGCAUGGUCAGUACAAAAUGAAAGAUCAGAGCUCACAGUUAUUGUUGUAAUUUUGUAUAAUUUUUUUUGUAUGGAUUAAUUAUAUUAUAUUUUAUCUAUGUCAAAGUUAACAUUUUGAAAUAAAAUUACA